CUUCUGAGGCCACCCAGUGACCGUCUCUCGCUGCAGCCCGCAGAGUUCUCCUCCUGCCCGCUGAAGUCCGACGAGGAGGUGAACACGUGGCUGCGCUUCUACGAGAUGGCGGCGCCCCUGGUGUGCCUGCCAGUGUUCGUGUCCCGGGACCCGGGCUUCGACCUGCGCCUGGAGCACACGCACUUCUUCAGCCACCACGGGGAGGGCGGCCACUACCACCACGACACCACGCCCGACGCCGUGGAGUACCUGGGCUACUUCUCGCCCGCCGAGCUCCUGUACCGCGUGGACCAGCCGGAGGAGACGCACUCCUUUGGGCGAGACUAGGGGGUGCUCGUGCG